UAACGGGGAUAAGGAGCAGGAAACGGAACUCUCCCCCUGUGUUUGCCAUGAUGGAGGAGCCGGCUUCCACAGAGUGUGGCUUGGACCCACAAUAGUUGGAACAAGGGGGGAGGCGUGUAGCACAUUUACUCAUUCCUCCGACUGGGGCACCUCAUGUAUGACAUGGAGACCGUCUGGUGUUGGGUCAGUGAUCACGUUGGUUUCCGUGGGACGAUCAAGAACUCGCCCAGCGAUUUUGUGGUGACGGAGAUCGACAUGUGUGGAAGGCUGGUGAACGACGUUGAUUGUGAGCGGGAUACUUGCACCAUUGACAGCAGCCAACUCCAACUCCAGCCCCAGCCCCGGCCGACCCCAAGCAAAAGGCCAAAGAAACGGGAAAGAUCGCCAGCGAAUGACUCUGAACGGGCUGGCGUGGGUGAAUCAGCGGUUGCCACUGUUAUACCCAGCGAUGCCAGCCACAACACUGAUCCUGAGCUGUCUGAGUCUUCCCUCAAUUCCCCUUCAGUCGAAGUGAAGGGACGUAGCUUAGAGAUGCUUCUGGGAUGCUCGAUAGCCGAGUCACUGGAACAGUUUGCAAGCUCAGCGAAAGGGGGAAGUCUGGCUAUGGAGGGGAAGGAGGAGGCCACACUUUUACUUGUGACUUUCCAAGAGAAAGGGCAGAGGGCAUCCGUCCACAAGGCCGUUCGGCAGAGAUAUCCCUUCCUGAAGACCGUCACCAGCAGCGCUGAAAUACGAGUCAGGCUUGACCCUCAGUACUCCGAGCUCCGUCAGCUGGUGUCCGAGGGAGAAACCGAUGGGCUGUUCCGCUUCUUGGAUUCGAGGGACACAAGUUCCAAGUUUUCCUUUCAGCCCGAUGGAAACAAGGAACACCGGAAGGCCGUCCAUCAUUUUGUCAGCAGGUAUUUUGGGAAGCUGCUGGAAACCAAAAGCUUUUCCGGGCAAGGGGACGGGAGCCGGCGCGACGCGGUGAUUACCGUGAGGUUUCGAGACAAGAUUAACGGCAGCAGGAAACGAGCUGCCCAUGAAUACCAGGGACCAUCAACACCGUAUACAGCAUUCACCCUGCACAAGGUGAACAUGGAGACCCUGGAUGCAGUCGCUAGCCUGGCCUCUCAACUUGGCGUGCUGCCGUCCGACUUCAGCUACGCAGGCAUCAAAGACAAGAAGGCCGACACUUCCCAGACCAUGGUCGUGAAGAACGUGACGAUCGACAAGUUAAAAGCAAAGCAGUCGUCCAUCCAAAACAAGGAUUUGAAGAUCUAUAAUCUGCGAACUACAACUCAGCACUUGCGAGUAGGACAACUAAAAGGAAACCAUUUUAGUAUCAUCGUAAGAAAUGUCAGCAAGCAUCUGAAAGAUGAUCCUGAAGCAAGUCUUGCUGAAAGGGUGUUUGGUGCCAUUGAGAAUGUCAAGGAGAAAGGUUUUGUAAACUACUAUGGGCCUCAGCGGUUUGGCCUGGGACUGAAUGUUCAAGCUGAUCAAAUUGGUUUGGCUCUUCUCAAGCAGAAUUUGGUGAAAGCUCUGCAUUUAUUCUUUACUCCAGAAGAAGGAAAUGAUCCUGUUAAUAAGGCCAAAAGACAUUUUAUUAAUACAGAGGAUGCCAAAGCAACUCUUGCCCUGAUGCCAGAGUACAAAACCAGGGAGCGACUGGUGCUCCGCGCAUUAAAUCGCUAUGGCAACAGCCAGGAAGGCUGCACACGGGCUUGGCUCAGUUUACCACACUACAUGCGCAUUCUGUACGUGCACUCGUAUUGCAGUAAGAUCUGGAACGAAGCCGCAACCUUCCGCUUGAAAACCUAUGAUAUGCAUGUUGUGGAGGGAGACUUGGUCACCUGUGAUAAACCUGAGCAAGACCUUUUAUCUCGAAACAAUCAGGUGCAUGUUGUGACAGCCAAAGAUGUGGAAUCAGGAAAUUACUCCAUUAACCAGGUUGUUCUUCCAAUGCCCGGUAACAGCAUCCAGUAUCCCAGCAACAAGCUAACUUCAUGGUACCAAGAAGCUUUGGUGAGAGAUGGACUACAGGGUUGCAGGUUUAGAAUCCCUGCACUGCAACUGAAUGUCCCAGGAUGUUAUCGGCCCCUCCUGGCACUACCUCGGCGGCUCGAGUGUCGGUGGUGGGAAAGUGAAGAGGUGCUUUGUACAAAGGAAGAGGCUGGCUUUGCUGUUGGUGAACCCGACCUGCCGCUGAAAACGGGAGACGCACUUUCUUUGUCAUUCAGCCUGAACCCAUCAAACUAUGCAACGGUGUGUCUCAGGGAAAUAAUGAAAUGCCACGUAUAGUUUUACUCAAAUUUUGUGCCUUGGCAUAGUCACGGAUGGUCUGGUCACAGACCCAGUAGAUAAGCUGGCACUUUUGGGUAAUCGAGCGUUUGCUUUUGGACAGAUGGCCCACGUGUUUAUGUUUGAAGGCUGCUGUGGAAAAAGUUAAGUGCUACAGGUCAAUGUUUAAGCUGUGAAAAUUGACGGCUCAGCAAAAUGAGAAGUGUAGAAAGGAGCUGGCUGAUGCUGUACUUUCAGUCUGAAAAAGGGUCCCGACCCGGAACCUCACACAUCCUUUUUCUCCAGAGAUGCUGCCUGACCCGCCGAGUUACUCCAGCAGUUUGUAUUUAUCUUCAGCAAAACGAGACCAGUUUCUGAGUGGAAUUUUGGCCUUUUUUAAUUAUACAAAUGCUUUUAUUCAGAAAAUAAAAAUAAACAUAUGAACACGAUCAAAGGCUGCCUAUAUUGACAGUUUACAAAUAAACGGUCAUCAGAUUAAUAUAUCGCCAACUUUAUCAAUACACUCGACCUCCCGCAGCGACCAGUGUCCACGGAAGUUCUCCAAAGUCCCCGUGUCCCUGGAGAGGGAACACGCGGGCACGGACAUUGGCCCGGAAAAGGGGCAGGCAGCCAACCCCGGUGCGGCCGUCGACCCCAGUGCGGCCGUCGAC